GUAUAAACCUUGAUGGAAUAGUCGUAUACAGGUACUAACUACACGGGCUUAUGUGACGAACAGCUUAUAAAAUUAUAUAAAUACUUCUGAACCAUGAGUUGCGGCAGACACGACGGCCAUCCCCUUUUAAGGGUUUGUUUCUCAUGUAGUGACCAGCUUGUUUGCGACGAGUGUACAAAACUUGACCAUUCCGGCCACAUCUUUCGCGAGAUAGAGGAAGUUGGAAAAGAACGCAAGAAGACGUUGCUCCAGAACCUCAAAGAAACGGAAGAUGUUGUUUUGGCCCUUCGAGCCGAUAUGGAAAGACUUCAGAGUCAUAGCAGAGGCAACCGAUCACAAUCCCAAGAAGUAGCCGAUAAGAUUCAGCGACGCGGCAAAGACAUCCAGGACGCUGUAAAUCAAUAUGCAAAACAACUGCUGUUUAUUUGCGAGAGGCAUCACAACGAUAACGAAUACGACAUAGCUGAAACAAAAGUGAGGCUUGAUUCGGAACUGUCAAAAGCGACGAAGACUCACGAUAUCAUACAGGCAGCGCUAGAAUCUGAGAAUUUUCCGCAAAUCAUAGAGACUGAGAAAUAUCACCGGAACAACCAAUAUAGGAGACAAAUGAUCCCCGUCAGAUCACCGAGAACCGUUGCCUUUGCGCAUGGAGCAGGUACUGUCGGCCACCUUAGGGAAAUAUUCGGAGACAUACAAAUUCAGCAACAGGAUGGCCAACUCCAACGCUCCCGGAACGGUUAUGAGACCGGAGAUGAAAACGAGAAUGCGAAAAGAAGGAAACAAAGUGGAGGAUAUAACGUGUGUGAUACAACAGUCACUUCAGCAUUUGAGCAGACGACAUCUUCUUUCGGAAUCUGUUUCAUUUGUCCAUCGCUCGCGUCACCCGACGAAUGCUGGAUACGUCUUGAAAGAAUGAACGAGAUCAAAUUGGUCUCCAGGACCGGCGUAGUCAAACAGACAGUCCACUUCGACACAGCUAUAGCCUGUGUUGCUAAUACCGCGGACGGCCGGACAGUGGUCAGUUGUCCGGACAGCCAUACAAUACGCGAGGUGCAACCGGACGGAACUUCGAAGACACUUUUCCAUCUGGACAGACUGUCCCCGCGUGCGCUAUGUCUGACGACCGAAGGGAAUCUUUUGAUGAGUCUAGUGGAGAAAUGGAGCUAUUCCGUAUCUGCUUUCAGCACACGAAAGAUUGCUAAAUUUACUGUUAAAGGUUACAAAAUGGCGGAAGCAGAGUACGACGGACACCGGAAGAGGUUGUUCAUCAAGCCAUCGAGAGUUGCUGCAAGUCCUACUUCCGGUGAUAUAGCCGUGAUCAAUAGAACAGAAUACGAGACUAGCCAUCUGGUCAUUCUGGACAAACAUCUUCGUCUCAAGUUCCGAUUCUUUGGAGAUGGUAGGAUAAUACCCAGCUCCAAACGUUACUAUGGUAAGGAAUCUGUCCAGUUCUGUCCACAGGAUGUCCAGUACGACUCGGCAAACAACAUCCUGAUCUCAGAGCUCUACAGCUGCUCAAUACAACUGAUUGACGGGGAGGGGCAUCUGCUCAAGAUACUUCAUACGGACGAGAAUAUCCCCUGGUCACUGGCCGUCCAUACUGACCAACAGGUGUGGACUGGCUACAACAGUGGGAAGGUCAAGGUACUAAGCUACCUUAAAUAGCCAGGACUUUGACAGACUUACCGUGUUAUCACCGGACGGACUAACCGCCACAUUGCCAAAUAUCGCUUCUGACGCCGCGGAGAGCUACGUCACGAGUCAUACGGGAAUACUGUGGAUUGCAGCGUUUACGGAAUUAAUCACCAUUGAACAGUCAUACAUCUUCUUAAAAUUUGAAGUUUUAACGUACUAAGCGCUUAAAAAAGUUUUCUUUAACAAAUACAUUUACAGAGGAAAUUCCGGUAUUUGUAUUCGAAUCGAUUGAAAACCCCUCACAUUUCGUUGAUGUUUCUUAAAUUACAAUACAUGCUUCAUUAUUAAAGAAACUAUUUUUCAUUAAA